GCUGCUGCUGCUGCUGCUGCUGCUGCUGCUGCUGCUGCUGCUGCUGCUGCUGCUGCUGCUGUCAGCAGUUGCUGCUUUCAGCUGCUGCUGCUGCUGCUGCUGCUGCUGUCAGCUACUGCUGCUAUCAGCUACUGCUGCUAUCAGCUGCUGUUGCUUGCUAGUUCAUUGGAAAGGGCGCUGCAGUUCGAAAGGAUUAGUAAUGCAUUCUUUUUGCUGGUCAAGGAUUACUUGCGAAGAUAUUUCAAACCGAACAGUGCUGAGGUACGAGUGAAUUUUGUGGCUUAA